AUGGACACACCGAAAGUGGGACCGCCUGGACCCCCAGGACCUCGAGGUCCUCAAGGGCCUGACGGACGACCUGGAGAGGACGGACGUAAUGGAAAUGAUGGUGGAAUGGGAGAAAAAGGACAAUGUGGAAACGAUGGUAAGCCUGGAAGCAAUGGGCAUGAUGGUCAGCCAGGACAACGCGGAGCAAACGCAAGCAAUGGCGAACGUGGAAUUUGCCCCAAGUAUUGCGCUAUCGACGGAGGUGUCUUCUUCGAGGACGGAACUCGCCGUUGA